AAGAAAUGGACGCCCUUUGGGGUUGUUUACAAAUAUUUAAGUCAAAAUGAAUAAUAAUUCCUCACAUAUAUGCUCAUUUUAAAUACACAGCUGCGAAACUAAACUCCAUGCGGCCGGGGUUGUGUCUGAAAGCAUCAGCAUGGAAAUGUUGAAGAUAGAGCAGGUCAUUGUUGGCAGCGAGAGGAGAUCCACCCCAGCAGAGAUCAAGUCCGAGCCCGCCGUCGUCCCUCUGCAGUCCUAUCAGCAUGAGAGUCUGCAGUGUUUUCAGUGCUUCAUCACCUUCUGUAGCUCCAAAGCCAAGGAGAGACACAUGAGGAGGAGCCAUCGGGACCAGUACAAACUGCAGCUGCCACAGACUAAUACACUCUUUACUUGCUACACGUGUGACAAGAGUUUCACUUCCUCUGAUGAACUCAGCCAGCACCAGGCCACCCACAACAGAGAAGAGAAGCCCUUUAACUGUUCUUACUGCCGGAAAAACUUCUUCACCUUCACUGAGUUGAACAAACACAGACGACAUGAGUGCAUACAACGACGGUGUCCCUGCAGGGACUGUGGCGCCUUGUUCCCCAAUCCUUCACGACUUCGUAAUCAUCGCAUUGCAGUGCACCCCCAGCGCCCAGUAGUCGCAGAUGACAUCGACACCUACCAAUGCUGCAAAUGUAGCUGUGGUUUCCAGACAGAAGAAGAACUUCUGCAGCACCAGGAGAUAUUUGCUAAUGAUCUAAACUGUGAGACUAAGUCACAAGGCAAAAAACGUGGCCGUAAACCGAAGUACGCAGCUCAGAUGGAAAUGGAUGACAUCAAGAAGAUCAAACAACAAGAGGAAGCAGAGGAAGGAUGUAAUGACUCCAUAACAGAGGGAUGCGUCUCUAAUGAUGUACAAACUGAGCUCAAGAUUCCUUGUUCUGAAGCAGAUUGUGACCUCACAUUUCCUUCUGUUGCAGCCCUGCGGGCACACAAAAGGGAAGAGCAUGGGCCUCUACCUCGCAAGGCUCUCACGUGCAUAGAGUGCGAGGAGAGCUACACCAGACCCGAACAGCUUAAAAUACACAUGGCCAGGGCUCAUCGUGCUGAAUACACCUGCCACACCUGUGGAAAGAGCUUUGCACGAGAGAGCAUCCUAAAAAUCCACCAGAACACCCACACUGAGGGCGAGGAGGAAGCAGAACAGAGAUAAUAUAUGGGGAAAAGACUGCAACCGCAACCUACAUCACUCAGUUCAAUCAUUGUCAGAACUUCUGUCACAUUCUCCAUAGUGUAAGAUUUUUAUGUGAAUAUUUUAGGGUGAGAGUUUUUGAAUAAAGGGUAUGCAACAUGA